AUGUGCCAAACAAAUAAUCAAAACAAACAGCUUAAUGAUGACUUUUUAAAUGUUCAAAGAAAGAAGAAAUUAACUGGUUUAGGAGAUCGGAUGCCAAAGUACAGAAAGGUGUUCAAGAAAAGACAAGUUUCACACUUUGACAAAGGUGUACAUACAGCGAAAAUUCAGAGUUUGCUUGACUCUGGGGCAGUGACCGCAGAAACAGACCAGGAAGGCGAAAACAAAGCCACCUCCCGCGGUCCCGUACCUGCGGCGCGAGGGCCGGGCGCGGGCCACGCACUCACCUGGGGCUCGGCGCCGCCGCAGCCGCCGCGGGCUGCGGGUGGGAACGGGGCCGCGGGGCGGGAGGGCGCCCCCGCAGUCGACCCGACCCGGGGCCCCGGCGCCCUCCGGCCGGUCCGCGCACGCCGCGGGGAAAGCAGGCGGCCGGGGGCGCCGCCGCGCGUCGCAUGCAGCUCCCGGCUGCGGCGGCCGCUGCCAAGGGUACCAGGGGACCCUGCGCUGCCGCCCCCGACCCCGCGACCCGAGGCGGCGACGGGAGAGACGCGGCGCAGGAGCAGAGCGCUCUCGGCGCGCCCCUCAGCGACUCUUCCCGCCGCCCUCCGCAGCGGGCUGGGUCUCCGCUCGCCUUUGUGCUGGCAUCUUCCUUCGUUCCCAGCGACACUCGGAGCUCCUCCGUCGGCUCCGCGCAGCCGCCCACCCCCGGGUUACGCCGCGCCCCCCGCGCGACCCGCCGAUUGUGUCGAGUCAGCACCAGCCGCGGCGGGGACGCGCGAAGCCAUGUCUCCAGCCCGCGCUCGAGAGGGCGGCCGGGGGUCCGGGCGCCGCGGCUGCUUGAAUCUGCUUGAAUCCAGAUCCAUCUGGAUCACCAGGUGUUGUGACAAUAAGGUGGAGGGCCAGACACCUUAUCAGCUAAUGAAUGUGUCCCUCAGGAUCCAGCACAGAAGUAUACAGGAUAGCCAUGUGAUCACUGCUGGCAAAUAGAAUUUAAGCAACAAUCUUGGUGUCACUUCUGGCUCUGGAGAUUAAGAAUCCAAUGUGACUUCUCUCAUUCUCUUCACCUUCACUGAAACCACAGAGCCCAUAUGUUGCAGUGGUAUCAUCCCAAGAUGGAAGGAGCCUGGAUCCCUGCACCAUCACUUGGAGGAAAGCUGACUAACUAACAUAAGACUGUGAUGUAAUCAAGAAAUAAAAUGUUACAAUAAGUAGAUAUGGGUUUAUUUGUUACAUCAGUCAGGAUUAAUGAUCCUGACUACAAUGGAAAUUGGUAACUUAAAAUAGGGUAUUGCUAUAAUUAAAACCUAAAAUAUGUGUCAUUUACUCAGGAGUUUGGUAGCAAGCAGCAAGGAAACUAAUAUUGGAAGCUAGAAAGAUGGUUAUAAUAAUA